UCGACCUAUACUCGAGUGUGAUUAGUAGGUAUACACAAAAUCUCGACGUUAUAAAUAUAGCGAACCAUCGAACUCGCAAGUUCUGUUUGCUCGGCCGCGGGAGCAUAACGCGACUGUCUACCUAUAAUAUCGUUCAUCGGAAGAAAAAAUUUCGUAUACGUGUAUGUACACAUCUUGCAUACGAAUAAUUUGUUUUCCUUGACAGUAGCGUCGCUUUACUUGAGAAAUCGGUCGACAGUGAUCGAAGACGACAGUGGUGUAACGAAUGAAUUCGGCGAGCGGUGCAAGUGAUUUUCGUGUGAAGUGAGGUUAUAAAAGAGGGGUGCGAAUGAUGUAAACAGUGACGACUUGGCCGUUCGGCGGUUUUUACGCUGAAUUCAUAUUGCUUCUAGAAAAAUAUUCUCAGCGUGCAUCGUGUCUGUGUGUGCGUGUGUGUGCCUGUGUAUACGAUGAUACUUCAGAAGUGAAUUUAUUGUUGUGUUCUCUAUUUUUUGCCAGUGAGUCAUACUUAUAUCGUUAACGACUUUUUCAUAUUUCUGCACAGUCAAGACACUCCGGAGCUGCUUUUUCUGCUUACAAACCGAAAACGUUCGUUUUUUUUCUCAACGUGCAGCGCACAGCAGAGCAAAACAGUAUAGCGAAUAUCCUAUAUACGUUACAUCGGGCACACCAUAAAACGAUUUUAAUAUCUCAAAGAUACCGUGUAGUUUUUACGAGCGUCGUGUCAGAUUCGUAAACGUUUUUGCGCCGAAAAAAAUUAUCCAGUCUCAACUGGUAUAAGCCACCUCGAGAAUACGAAGAGACUCGCUGAGAAGAGCUGCAUAAGAAUUGUAAAAAAAGCCUCGCCGUACAAGUAUUUUAUAUGGAUUGCAAAGAUUGCGCUACGCGACACACGAUGAUUCGAUGAUCGCUGACAGAUAAUCGAGCAGAGAAUUUAAAUCGGAUGACAGGCAGUGCGAGUAGUCGCCUAGCAGAAUGGUGUUGGACAACAGCGGGAGCAACCGCAUCGGCUCGGGCGACGGCGGUGGCGGCGGUUUCGGCGACAGCGGGGGCGGCGGCGGCGGCGGCGGCGGCGGCGGCGGCCCUCUGCAGCGCAACAACAGCAGCAGCGUCUACUCGGUCUCGGUGAGCAACGUGGGCUACCGCAACAAGGGCUACAAGGACGACGGCAGCGAUGGCCUGCCUCCUGACCCGCAAAAGCCGCCCCAGCUGCCGAGCGACGACGAUGGCCAGUCCCGCAAGUUCAAGCUGUCGCGCAGCGAGAAGUGGCGCAUCCUCAAGAACAUCGGCACCGUCUCCAUCGCCUUCAUGGUGCAAUUCACCGCGUUCCAGGGCACGGCGAACCUACAGUCGUCGAUCAAUGCGAGCGACGGCCUCGGCACCGUCUCGCUCUCGGCCAUCUACGCGGCGCUGGUCCUCAGCUGCAUCUUCGUCCCGACCUUCCUCAUCAAGAGGCUCACCGUCAAGUGGACCCUCUGCCUCUCGAUGCUGUGCUACGCGCCCUACAUCGGCUCGCAGUUCUACCCCAGGUUCUACACCCUCGUGCCCGCCGGCGUGCUGCUCGGCUUGGGAGCGGCGCCCAUGUGGGCGGCCAAGGCCACCUACUUGACGCAAGUCGGCGGGGUCUACGCCAAGCUGACCGACGAGCCCGCGGACGCCAUCGUCGUCAGGUUCUUCGGCUUCUUCUUCCUCGCCUGGCAGACUGCCGAGCUCUGGGGCAACCUCAUCUCCUCGCUUGUGCUGAGCGAGGGCGACCUCGACGCAAGCUCGUUCAACGCCUCGACCACUUCGGCUAAGGUCAGCAAGUGCGGGGCCAACUUCUGCAUCAUCGGCAACGGCGGUCACGAGAGUCUGCACAGGCCGCCGGAUUCGGAGAUCUACGAGAUCUCAGCCAUCUACCUCACCUGCGUCCUCGUGGCGGUCCUCAUCGUCGCCCUCUUCGUCGAUCCUCUGUCCAGGUACGGAGAGAAGCAGAGGCGGAACGACAGCUCAGAGCUGAGCGGUAUUCAGCUUCUGUCGGCGACGGCCUAUCAGCUCAAAAAGCCCUACCAGCAGCUCCUUAUACCGAUCACCGUAUGGAUCGGCAUGGAGCAGGCCUUCAUCGGUGCCGAGUUUACGCAGGCGUACAUCUCGUGUGCCCUGGGAGUGCACAGGGUGGGCUACGUGAUGAUCUGCUUCGGCGUUGUGAAUGCCGGCUGCUCACUGCUCUUCGGCUCGGUGAUGAAGUUCGUCGGCAGGCAGCCGCUCAUGGCCCUUGGCGCCGUUGUCCACGCGGCCCUCAUCGGCGUUCUGCUCAUCUGGCGACCACACCCGGACAGCUCCUACGUCUUCUACACGGUCUCGGGACUCUGGGGAGUCGGCGAUGCGGUCUGGCAGACCCAAGUUAACGGUCUCUACGGCACGCUGUUCCGGCGCAACAAGGAGGCGGCCUUCUCGAACUACCGGCUCUGGGAGUCGGCCGGCUUCGUCGUGGCCUACGCCUACAGCACGCACCUCUGCGCCAGGAUGAAGCUCUACGUGAUGCUGAACGUCCUGAUAAUCGGCAGCAUCGGCUACAUAAUCGUCGAGCUGCUGCACCGACGCAAACAGAAGCGACUCAAGGCCAUCGCCGAGGAUCCCAAGGCCGCCCAGGCCGAGGCUAACCAGCCGGAAGAGACCGACGACGAGAAGGACGACAUCGACGAUGACAUAAUCAUCACUCAUCUGUGAGGAGCAGAGAGCGACGAAUCCGUCCAAACUGAUAUAAUGUGCCGCGCUCGAGGAGCGUCGAGUCGUUUUUUAUCCUCUCGCCGCAUUGUCUCGCCAAGCUGUACAGAGCUAUCGGUUCGCACACUUUAUACCACACAUCUAUGACCAAUCGCCGAAUCCGGACCGAUUGACGCACGCGCGCGCGUUUCAUAUACAUUAUCCACACACACACACACACACACACGCGCGCGCGCGCAUGCACGCACACAUACUUUGUGCUCAAGUGCCUUCUGUUUAAUAUCGGAGAACAAGGGUCCCGCGCGACCGAUCCCCAGGACUUUCGUCCGCGGGAUAUCGCAGGAUCGGUCAGCGUCCCCCUACGUUAUAUAGUUUCUUUUUGUACAUAUCAAUAUAGGCGCGAGUGAGAGAGUUCGAGGAACUUACUAUAUACAUACACGUGCUGUGUCUUGGAACAUGCUGCUGUCUACGAAGCGAUAUACACUAUACAUGGAUGAAUAAUACAACGUGUGUCAUGCGUGAAAAUGAGAGACAAUAUUGCAUAACGAGUGUGAUUCGAGGGGCCUGGAAAUGGCUGUGAUGUGGAGGAGACGAUUGACCUGCGCGUUCGGUUCCUCGGUUUUGCUCGAGACGUGUGUGGCCUACUUGUAUAGAUAACCUCACGGAAACCUUUUUACCCAUCUCGACCAGUAACGAUCUUUUACAUGAUGUACGAAUCGACGAGUUGUCUUUUAUACCACGAAAACGAUGAAUUCUCCGCUGGCAAUUCAGCGCAGCUCGAUUAGACUUUCCCUCUAAUUCAGCGACAUUGCCAAAUCCACGCGCGUCAUGCUGCUUUGUAAAUUGCUGCCGCGCGCGCACUUGAGAGGAUGCCAAGCUUGUAUUAUACGAAUAAGAGAGAGAUUUUUGCGUCUCUCCGGUUUCGAUGGAUAUUUAGCGGUCGAGUUUCUCAUAUUCUAUAUCCUUGUUCUUGUUCUCGCGAGUCGAGUCGCUGCUUGAUGUUUGACGAGACUGUGUAACGCGCGGAUCUGUGCUGACUUGAGGUGUUGUUAUCGAGGGCAAAACCGAGCGAUCUCACGAAAGAAACGAACGGCAGAACGUAUGUGUGAAUAGGGAAAAAAAAGUGGACAAUAGCGUGAAUCUCAUAAUACGAUUAUUUUUGUAUACAUAUCCGAGAGAGCAUACAUUACGAGAGACGAGCUGAUAGCGCGGGGGACAGUACGUUGCGGAAAACAAAUCCCCUGUAUUUUGCUUCCUCGUUAUAUAGAAUACGCCGCUGCGCCGCGUGUAACGAACUCCGAUGUCUCCCGCGCUCUCCCGCCCUCUCGAGCUCCUUUUCCUCCAUUAUAUUCCACUGUCUGUUAUAUUAGCCGCAAUUGUAGCACGCACGUUCGAUUUUAUAUAUAUAUAUAUACAUAGCUAUACUAUACUGUAUGAUCAUUGUUAUUAUUACUAUUGAUAUUACAUACUAUAUUGUGUAGUCGUCGACUUCGGUGUUAAGAAGCCGACGAAAAAUCUUGUACAGUACAUCCCUCCUUAAAGGAAUUAUUGAAUAUUCAUUAUACAUAUCUGUUAAGGAAGACAAAAAAAUUAUAAGAGCGCACUGUCCUGAAUUGUUUUAACGUUAUACUUAUACUUAUAUAUACUUCUCUGUUCACUAGGUAAUGAAAUUCGCAUUAUGCAUUAAUAGACGUAUAAAAUGAUGUUAUACUUUUAUUGUUUAGAGAUGAUCGAUGAUGCAGACGAUUAUUCGAUAAUUAUGCGCUGCGUUAUUAUCGUUGGUAGUAUUACAAUGUAGAAAGCAGCUGCAGCAGCCUCUCGUUUGAUGAAUUUAGCCGAAUCACGAGGACAAAAUAUAAUGAUAUACGAUGUAUUGAAUAUACUUGUUGUCGACUUUUGAUUGUAUAAUUUUCGCGGCCUGGACUAUGAAUGUAUAACAAACACGAUUGUACACAUGUAUUUGCGAGAGUCGCGAGAUGUCAUCGAUUGUUGGAUCGACACGGUUAUGACUAUUUUUACUAUUGCCCUGAUCCUUCCCAUUUGAUUGUAUCACCGCUAUAUAUAUAUUAUUCCUUUGAUUUUAGUCUUAUUGUUGUCCUGUAUUUGCGUUGUACCGAAUCUUCCAUCUAAGGAUUUCAUUGUUAAUUAUUUAGACGCGAAGUAUUGUUAUUAUUAUUAUUAUUUUAAUUAUUAUAACUAUUAUAUUUUCGACACCGUAAUGUUAUUCUAGAGCCGAUUAAAACGAGUAUCAUUUUAUUAAAAGUGAAAAAACAA